GUUUGCCCGAUUGCAUGUGCUUGGCUCGGAUCUUCGUGAAUUAAUGAAAACAUGUUUUUCCAGCUUUGUAGCAAGAAUUUAAGAAGAAUCUUUGGCUAAAGCUUGAAAUGCUGGUCUGGAGAAUUCAAGGGAUAUUUUACACGAGAUCUCAUGUCUGGUAAGUUGAGUUUUAUGUCAAGCACUGCAAGCAAUCAAAUUCGCAGUGUUUGCUUUCUCGGGGUGCAAGUCAUCAAAAACUCGCACAUAUUUACAAGAUUAUGACUAGAAAGUGUUAAAAUAUUUCGAUACUUUCAGGAGAAAGUCGAAAGCGUCGGCAUGGAUCUGCAACAACGGGGAAAGAAUGUGUUGGGUUGGAUCCAUUAGAUGAAGAGCGUCGUUCUAUUGCUGAGAACAAACCAUCCUCUGUCCAAGCUUGCGUGACAGAACCAAUCGAAGGAGAUUCGGGGCUCGACAAAUCUUCGUCCCUAUCGGACGACCUUCAUGGUAAACAAGGAAGUAAAGAUAAUUCUAAGAAAGAGGCCACUGAACAUGAUGAGGCAGACAUCGUGGAUGUAAAAGCAUCCUCUUCCUCAAAAGUUAUAUCAGGUUUGUCCACGUUAGCUGAGGUUUGUGGAGAGGUCGCGGAUCCAUCACCCUCAAAUACCAACGUAACUGCACCUCAUACCUUAGUGCAAUCAAACGACUGUGUACGGACUGUAGCGGAAACAUCACCCAUGCCUGAUCUCUUUGCACAAGAUGACGAUGGAGAUACGUAAGUUGAGAAAAUGUAUUUAUUCAUUUCAUUUUUCUUCACUCAGCUGUUACAGCUCCUCGUGAAACAGUAUUGCAGAUAGACGCUCUUCCUCGUAGGAGAUAAGUCUGGAAGAGCCAUCUCGGAAAUAAAUACCAUGUAAAAUCAUUUAGACAUUCCUCUUCAAUUCCAGACAUUCGAAUGUGUAUGUAUUUCAAUUUGGUGUACGUCCUAAAGAGCAUAUUAUCUCGCCGACCAGUGACAUAACAUAUCAAUGUUUUGAUAUGAGGCGAUCUUUGAUAUUCAGUUUGAAAUGUUCGAAAUUAAACCAUCAAAAACUCUGCACGAAAUUCCUACUGAUGGCAAGUCAUUGAUGACAUAAUGAUGACAUGCCAGUGACCUUAGCAAAUUGAUCAUAGUCUAAACAUUUAUAGUCCACGACGUGAAUAUGGACUCCGAAUGAUUAAGAAUAUUUAAAGCGAAAAUGCUUACGUCGGCACAUUCUACAUUAUUUGACUGAAUUAUGUAAAAGUUCAUGCGGAGAAGUCACGAAGGAGAAAAUGUUGUGACUCCUAAACCAACGUUCCGAGCGAGAAAGAGCGGUACGCGAACAAAACAAAAACUCCAGCAUUUAAGUACUAACUGCUUGGACCGAAAAAGGUAGCAGCGACACAUACCUCGAACAAAAAUUAUCAUUUAAUUUUUUUUAUUUAAAUUCAAGCUGAGGGAAGUUUAAGAAUAGCGUGUUAGCCCCACACUGAGGAAGACGUCUUGAAAGUAAUCGAAGGACGUACUCAAACAAAACACAUUUUAUUGGUUUCCAUUGAUCUGUUUUGGUUUCUAGAAGACAAAGUUGAUUGGUUACCAUAAGGAAAUUCCUCUCGACACUUCAUGGAAUGCACGAAAAACAUGAUUGCGGUAAAAAAAGUCAAAUUUUUUCGAUACAGAUAUGUAUUUAUCUAUAUUUAAAAAGCCUUUGGUUGAGUGAUUUUACGGACAGGAAGACUUCACUCGGUAAACCAUGCAAAUCUACGUGAUGAAUGUAAAAGGUUCGAAAGAGGCUAAAUAGAUCUCAGUUUCUAACACUGAAGACUAUAAAGAAUGCUUCACAAAGCGAUGGAAUGAAAAACAAUUAUUUAUCACAAUUUUUCUGGAAUCGUUUUGGCUGCCGACCUCUUAUAUUUUGAAAUAUAAGAGAGAGCAAAAAUUUAGAUUCUUCCUUGUCGGUCUUACCCUCAAUUUCGUUCUGCUCUCAAGGUGAACAGACAUGCGGAAGUCGAAUCGCAUAUUUUUCAUCGUUCGAACUGAGGUUCUCAUUAUCACUCACUGACCUUAUCGUAAGAGAGAGCUUAGGUUAAAGAAAUUUUCCCUUUUUCUUCACAGGUUCCUACAUAUUUCUGUGGUACAGGGUGACCAACCACUGAGUCAGUUUUUCAUUGAGAGAAUGAAGUCAAGAGGGGUUGAUAUUUUCAACAAGCUUAGACAAGUACGUAACUUUUCGAUUAAAGGAAAAGAAAAAGGCUGUAGAUCAUCUGACAAGAGUGUAAAGCAAAGAAGGGAAGCGAGUGCAAUGAUUUCAUUUGGCGACAAAGAUAUAAAUGUCCAGGAUUUUAAUUAUUCCUUUUCAUCCUCAUUAAUUGUUAGCAACUUUUGUUGCCGAUAGCAGCGGCGUGCGUGACACGUGUUACAUGUAAACCCAAGAUAUAUUUGUAAUAUUGACUGACUAUGAGGUCGAUAUGGCUUGAUAUUCACCGACCUCUUUAACAAGCAGAUGAGAGAGCAAGGCCAUAUCAAGCCAAUUCGACCGAACUUGGUCAAUACACCGUAUUUCACGUGGCUGCGAAAUCGUCUUCGAGUGAACGAAGAGAACGAGUCACGAUAAGAGAUAUUUUCAACCCAAGAAGAUGAAGUAACAUCUACAGAAGGAAAUUUGAUGUCCCCGCGAUCGCUCACAGAAAGAGAUGCUCACGACCAAAUACUUUCAACUACAGCACGGUAACUCAUGAAUAACCUUUGUUUUUCAGACACCGUUACAUCUUGCAGUGAUUACUCAUCAAAAAUAUCUUGUGGAAAAGCUGGUAGAGGGCGGAGCGGAUGUUAAUUUGAUGGACAGGCACGGACAGACCGCCCUUCACUUAGCCUGUCAAAAUGGUGACAUCAAUGCUGUCUUUGCUAUCCGUGACGUCACACAUAGAUGCCACAUGCAAAUCAGACUAGAUCUGAAAAAUUUCCAAGGUGAGCAAUUACGACAGUACCACAAGGAGCCGCGGGUGAUUGAAGUUCAUGAUCUACGGAGCCACUACUUUACUUUCAGCUGAUUCGUUGCCGGUUGAUGUCUGGUAACCCCCAGUUUAUGGUGAACCUAACUCCAAGCUGUUGCAUUUCAGCCAUGGAUUGGAUCAGACGUAUUGUUCGGCAGGCAUUGCACCGCCCUCAUGGGAGCCUGGCCGUUCACCUUAAAUAUUAAAAAAAAAACUAGCUGAUUCAUUUUAAUGGAGGGCUAACACUCGAAUGGUCAGCUGCAGAAUCUCUCUUCGGUAGCCAAUUCACUUAAACCGGGGAGCCGCAAGUGGGAGUUUUUCCUAUUACGGUAAAAAAUCUCUCGCGGCAUCACCUCUUGUUUUCAAAGCUUUGCUACUUGAUGCCUCAACACACUCACAAAUCAGACAGCGACGCAGGUUCAAGGUUCAAAUUGUGGUGUUUGCCAGAAUGUCACAUUUUGGUCGAAGUCGUUUUAUUGGACUUCUAAUGAUGGUUGGACUAUAUUAUCUGGAACAUCAUAUUUUUGAGUGAUGCACAAGCCUGGGGCCGUUGUUUCAGUAGUGGCACCUGCUAAUCCUGGAUUAGACGCUAAAUUCAAUUGAUUUUGAUUAGUCUUGUUGAUAAAAGCUUCGGUUGGGGUUAACGGUUUGUGGGGGCUAGCGUGCUGUCAUGAAAAACUGAAGAGAGCAACAUCUAAAAAAAUUGAAACUAACCUUGGGAUAAUCUUGAGUUAACUUUAACGUGAUUUGACCAAACCAGCAAAGGUCUAUUUUUGAAGAAGUAAUGCUGGCCUUUUACUUUUGCAGGAUUUUCAGCGCUUCAUGUGGCGACUUUGAAUGGAAAUAAACAGCUUGUUGAAACAAUUCUUGACAUGGGAGCAGACAUUAACGAUCAGGUUAUUUACCAAUUCGUAACUCACUUCUUAAUUCGUAGUUUCUAAGAACAAGAGACGAUGAGGUAAGGAGACUGAAAGCUUCUAUGUUGUCUUCCCAUUGUGCGCCGGUAGCUCUUGAGUUAUUUUUAGAACAUGUCCUAAGAUUUUCUAAGAUUUGCAAGACAAACAGUUGGUUUGAUUUUAUUGUAGUCUAGAAUUCGAUCGGCUUUGCUCUACGGCGCUCUGUGAUUUUGCAAUCAGUUGCAAAGCUUAGACAAAUCGCGACUUGAUCACCCCUGUUUUCUCGCUCUUCAGGCAAUUAAGGUCAUUCCCCUCAAAUAGAACCCCUUCACCCCUCGAGAUUUCCGUGAAAUAUUACAUAUUGGUUGUUUAUCUUGCAGGGACGUAAAUUUUAAAAUAAAAAAUGGGAUCCCUGUGCUCGUCUAAGAGCAGCAGUGCCCUUUAGAUAAACAUAUAACUCCUGAAAUCAUUAAAAAAAUUACAAUUUUCUUGAUUGUGAUUGGUUUUAAAAAUUAUAUUUUCCACUAAUUUACAUGUCAAUUUGUUAUUGGACAGUCUGUCAUCGGACGAUUCAAUGGGCCAAUAACUUUCAAGGUUGUAAUUUAUAUCAACCAAUCACAUUCAUUUUGAUUGUAGUCAAUGUCAGAGCGACGUUAAACAAUUUACGCCUCCUUUGUCAGUCUUUUAAUGCAAAUUAAGAAAAAGAAGCAAAUGAUAGGUAAUCGUGCUUGUCUACCAGAAAUUGUCUACCUCUGUGAUGAACUCCGACCACGAAGAAAAACCCCUCAUUUUUUUAUGUGCGUGCGCUAGUUAACACUGAAAUUAUGCAAAGUUAGGAUGCACAAUGCAAUAAGGCGGAAUAGACCUGAUUUGUCUUUUUAAGCUUUCAUCGGCUUCAUAGUGGUUGAGAUUAACGUUAAGUUUUAACAUUAAAGGAAGUAAAACAGUAACGCCGCUCAGAUGAAGGGUUAAAGCUCGAAACGUCAGCCUUUAAACUCUUUACGGUGGCCAAUUUACGUUAUCAGCUCAGUUCAUAACACUAAAUUACCCUGUAAAACAGUAACACUUGAUAACUGAUAACUCUUAACAUUUCUCAGGAUUCCAACAGUGGUCGUACAGCUUUGCAUCACGCAGUGGAGGCUGGGAAAAAUCACGUGGUAGAGUACUUGAUAACACGUGGUGCUGACGUCAACAAAGUUACGUUCGCUGGAAACACUCCGCUUCACACGGCUAGCGGUCGGGACAUGGAUCAGAUGGUGAAACUUCUUAUUCAACACGGUGCCAACGUAAACAUUGCUAACCUAGAGGGUGAUAUUCCGAAAGUGGGACAAACAAGUGAACAGGUAGGGGUUCCUCAUUUCUUUUUAAACCCUGAUUUAAAGUCUUUAAGUUUCAUUUCAUGGGCGCCUCGCACUUCCCACACUGAGCAGUGCCUCCCCUCCCCCUUUCUCUCGAGUUGGACGUGAUAUGUCCUUAAAAGUUUUAUAGCGGAGCUUGAAGCGCGCGCAGCGAAGCCCCAUACUCAUCAAGAAUGGUAUUCUUGCGUCAAAUGUUGGUUAGUUGACAGGAAAAUUUUAACCAAACUGCCUCUGUCAUAAUAUUGAAAGCCAGUGCCGAGAGCUAUUCAUGAAAUUAGGAGUGAUUUUAAAAGAGCACGCCUUUGGGUUAAACGGAUGGAGAAAUUUAGACUAAGACUAAGUAUGUCUAUUGCACUCGGCGCCAGUCUUCUCCAUCCCUUACUGUAGUUAGUUUUGAGAACUUUUCAAGUAAGUAUCAAAAACCUGAAAACCAAAGUAUUCACAAUGGCGAAUCAGAGCAAAGGUAGACAUCGUUAUCAGCCAAUGAGAACUAAUAAUAAAAAACAAGCAAACUGCUCGAAGCGCAGGUAAAGCGCAGGUGACCAAAUCGCGACUGGUUUUAGUUUCGCAUCUGAUUGGUUGAGGGGAUGGUGCGAGUUUUCUGGACCAAUGACAGAGCGAAGUAAUACAAAUCCAAUGUAAUCCAGGUUAAUUUUCGGCUCUCGGUUGAACAUUUCUCUAUCGUAACCGUUUUAGUGCUGUGUUGGCUUCAUCCAGGUGUUCAGUUAGUAAAAGGAAGCGCAGUUGUAAAAGGUGUGAUAGCAGCGGCGGAUUGAGGGAGGCUUGGGUCGAGUCGUUACGCGCCCUUUCUCGAGGUUUUACUUCAAUUAAAGAGAGUUUUGAUAUAGAAUCUUCAGUGACAAUGUUGUCAUCUUGUUUUUAUUAUCAGGCGAAGAGACAUUUCCGAUCCAAAGAAAAACAAACCAAAAGGAGAAAAAAAUGAUCCUGACAAAUUAUCUGCACAAGAUCAAUCACUCUGACGGGAACUGAGAAACUUGGUUUGAGUUGACUGAAGUCGUGCUCAGGAGCCUGGGAAAUUUGAGUCUAAUGCGGUAUCGCUCAUAUUUUGUUGUGGGAAUGCGCCGGCCGGAGUAAUCACUUGCAACUCGAGAUGCUUUGAACGUGGCCUUAAGCAUCAAGAUGGAGAUGACAGUUCCAAUUGAAAGUUACAGUUCUAAACCAUUAACGUUGAAAAAAAAAACCGCUUUAUCGCAACCGCUUACUAUGUUCACCUCUUAUGUUCACUUCCUAGCUCUGGCUUUCUGCUAAAUAUCCACUGCUUUGCUAUUUUCACCAAAUUUGAGUGCAACAGCACUUUGUCCAAAUAAUUAUCACUGACCUUGGUCAAAUCGGCUUUGCAACUCUUGGAUAUGAUUUGGACUUGUGACUUACAAACUAAAAUAGUUAUGCUUUUAUAAAUUCACGGUGUUUUGUGGCUUUCAAUAGAUAAUUUAUUAAGCGGAUAUCACACACAAACAAGUAGUUUUUUUUAAUCAAAAGCUUAAGCGAAAAAGAUAAAGCAUUUGUCGAAAAUGAAUGAUUUUCCUUAGUAAUAGACAACUGUUUACAUUUGGUCAAAGUCUUAAACGCACGCAUCAUUUCAACGGAACAUGUUGCGAUAUUAUUGCGUGGACGUUUGGCCACCCUAUAGCAACAUAUUGAAUGGUGUUGGAUCAAGUUUGAAAAUGGUCAAAUUUUUGUUGCAACAUUUUUGGAUUCUGCAAGAUGUUGCGCGCCUUUGGCCAGCUCUUUCACAACAUCUCAAAUAUAAGAUGUUGCGUUUAAAUGUUGCGUGCGUUCUUGGGCCAUAUGCAUUAGAUAAAGCUAGCAAUUUACCAUUAAUAAAGGAGUUGAUUUUAUCUCAUGUUGCUGAGGUCGGAAAUUAAUAUUGAGUUUUCUAUAUGAGAAUUUUCUAGCGUGGUUGCAUUUUAUUCAACUUUUAUUACAUUAAGUCAACAAACAAUCUUUGCUAAAGGUUUGACGAGGUAAACCUGUACACGCCAUGAAAUUAUGAGUUGCGAAAUUACGAAGGAAAAGCUAUCGAUAAAAGCUGUUUUUCACCUAUCGAAGCUUCAAUAUGAAAUUUGGUAGGCUAGUCUCCUGAGUAGCUUUCUUUAUUUUUGAAAGGAUCAAUAAAAAUGACAUUUCCAAUUGAAUCGCAACCACAUCCAUCGACAUAAAUUGCAGCCUGUCUUGCAGACGUUUGCUUUAGUUUAUGUUUCUCUAUUCGACCCAGUGAAUUUUACAGAAAAACAUGGUAUGGUGAGAUUUGAAGUUUUGCAUUUUAAAUUAUUGAUGCGUGAAAAACUCUUUAAAGUGAACGUGAAGCAUGAAUUUUAAAAAAAGGCAUGGUGUGGUGAGAUUUGAAGUUUUCCCUUUUAAAUUCGUGAUGCGUGAAAAACUGUUUAAAAUGUAAGUGAACCAUGAAUUAUAAAGAAAGGCGUGGUAUGGUGAGAUUUGAAGUUUUCCUUUUAAAUUCGUGAUGCGUGAAAAAACUCUUGAAAGUGCACGUUACGCGUGAAUUUUUCUAAAAUUCGUGCGUGAAACGAAAUCAAAAUCCCCUUUUUGCUACCCUCCGUA